AUACAUCAAUUUAUCCAUCAGCUCCUACAUCGAUUCCCAUGUUGGCAAAGAGCUCCUCAUUUACGCAUGGGUUAUGCCAUGCAAUAUCAUGUUGGAGAUACAAUGCAAGCAAGUCCACAGUCAGCAAAAUCAUCAAAUCCAUUUGAUCUUGCCAGUGAACUAUCUCUACCUCGUCCUCCAUCGUUUUCUUCUCUGGCAACUCUUGCAGGAACAUUACCUGAUAUGACUAGUGAUGCAACAAUGCCGCGAAGUGCAAGUGUAGGAGCUCUUACUCCACAAUGGAUAGUCCUACAACAAACAUCGUAUUUAUCAGAUUCAUCUCCAAGUCCUUAUUUGAUACAGCAUGGACUUGCAAGCAUGUCUACGCAAGUAUCUAGCAAUUCAUUUCCCAUUGUAAAUCAAGGAGCUGGUUUUGGCAAUUUGGGGAUGAAUCAAAAUCCAAGUGGUAAAAAAUCACAACCAAGCACUCCAAAUUCUCUUACAUCUGGAGGGAAUCCCUUUGAAUAAGUACCAAAAAUUUACAUCCUUAGUGAAAGUUGUGAUGUGCCUCUUAUGUUUUUGUUGCCUUUAAUUUGAUUUUCUUAUUAAAGAAAUGGCCAGAGAUUUUGUUGGUUUACUGUAAAUUGUGUCCUUAAAUGUAAAGUUUUGUGAGAUGUGCUGUAUUUAUGGAGAUCAGAGAUUAAUUGGGACUAUGAAAGCUUUCAGU